AUGAACAACACCAACAACAAUGACAUCUCUUUGUUACACUCUAUAUACAAUGAGAUUCUAUCUUUGAAGGCAGGCCAAGAAAACUUCAAGCUGGAAAUGAAGACACAGAUUAAAGAGUUAAAGUUGGAGAUCACCACUCUCAAAAAUCAACCAGAGACCCAAAAUACUCUAAACCAAGACACUUCGCCUUUUCUCACUACCAUUUUGGGUAGUAAUUAUAUUCACAAACCUGCGGAAAAUUUCUGUGACAUAACUUUGAUGCACAUUUUCAAAAUGAUAAGUGAAGAUCUUGGCAUUGAAGUAACCAGUCAUGUAAAAGCCAUACUCACUUUGACCACAAAGCUUAUAUGUGAUGAUAUGGCUGCCCAUCUUUUAAUGAUCGCUCUUGGUCCUAACCCUAGCUGGGGGUCUAUACCAGCAGCAGUUAAGAAAGAAAUGUAUGUAAGUCAUGCAAGUAUAAUGAAGGAUUCUGGUAUAGACUUCACCGGAUGUCUUGGAAACUGGGCAUCAACUGCAAGAGUUGCUCUUCUCUGA